GAGGCCAGGUGGGGCGCAGCGUAUGCGAUCGUACCCCCUAUAAAUUGCACAUGCACGUUGAUGGCAGCAUAAUGCGGAUCUAAACGCACAUGUCGAUAGUCGAGUAGUGUCGAGGAUCUAGGCAAUAUCUUUUCGGUGCAGCAGGACUCGCCACGAUGAUCGGAUAUCUUAUUCUCUUCUUCGCAACGUUGAGCGUUAUUCUAGCGGCUCCGCAAUGGUACGGGCCUCAUGCUUCUCCAGCUCCAUUAGGUCCAGAUGGUCGCGUGGUGGACACGCCGGAAGUUGCGCAACUGAAAGUUGCUCAUUUAAAUGCCCUAGCGGAAGCUAAUGCACGUGCACCGAAGGGACUGGGACCGAGUGGUUAUGCUGGACCUAGCGGGCCCUAUGCUUCCGGAAAUUAUAUUCCGCAUUACAGCGGACCACCGGCCCCAUUGGGCCCAGACGGUCGCGUAAUCGACACACCCGAGGUCCAACAAGCCAAGGCCGUACAUUUCUCUCUUUACAAUGCGGAAGCGCAACGCGUGCCGGCCGGUCCAGCUGAUCCAGUCGCCGCCGGCGCCUACGAUCCGUCCUGGAACAAUGGCGGCUAUAAUCCCGCUUGGGACGGUCCGGCUCACAACUACUAUUAAUUCGCAAACAAAAAUCGGAUCAAGACGACCCGAAACACGCACUCCCGCUUGUUUGACGGACAUCGAUAUGGCCAGCGUAAUCGAUCGAUCGGUCGCCCUGGACCGCUCGAGGUCCUCGCUCUCCUUUUUAGCUACCUCAGAGAAUUGGAAACAAGACUAAGAUAUCAUUAUCUACCUCCCAUGCGACGCUGAUGCAUCUCCUUGCUUUUUCACGUCGUUUUUCAUGCAUUUCCCAUUUAUUAUGCGCGAGUAUUUGUAUUUGGUACGUAUAUAUACGAUGGAAAAAAUACACGAUAUAUAUGAGAUCGA